AUGUGGAAAACACUGCUGAGGAUAGAGCUGGGAGCAGCAGGGAACCAGGCCCCUUGCGUGCUCCCCUUCCUUCUUCCCGGACUCCGAUAUGGGUCCUCUUCGGCUAUUGAUCAGCACCAUGAACUGGCCAGGGAGCGAUCUAAGACAGUUACCUCUUUCUACAAUCAAUCUGCCAUUGAUGCAGCCGCUGAAAAGCCCUCUGUGAGGUUGACACCCACCACCAUGUUGUACUCUGGACGUUCUCAAGAUGGCAGCCACCUUUUGAAAAGCGCCCGUUACCUGCACCAUGAGCUGCCGGUCCGUAUUGCUCACCGCAUCAAAGGGUUUCGAAGCCUUCCCUUCAUCAUUGGCUGCAACCCCACCAUCCUCCAUGUGCACGAGCUUUACAUCCGAGCCUUCCAGAAACUGAGUGAAUUUCCCCCAAUCAAAGACCAAGAAUCAGAGGCCCAGUACUGCAAACUGGUCCGACAGCUCCUGGAUGACCACAAGGACAUUGUCACACUGCUGGCGGAGGGCUUGCGGGAAUGUCGCAAACACAUCCAGGACGAGAAGGUGAUCCGUUCCUUUCUGGACAAGACCCUCACAUCCCGCUUAGGCAUCCGGAUGCUGGCUACUCACCACCUGGCCUUGCAUGAGGACAAA